GAGAAUAUUUUGAUAAUCUCAUUUCCAUGUAUUGAUGUGCGUCAGAAAAGCCCAGUGUUGAUCACAACUUGGUGCGUCGCCGCUCCCGCUGCUGCAGUGUACGAGUCCAGGCUCCAGCCACGAUGCUGAGACUCCAUGUCAGGUUUUAGCGGGCGCUCAAACGGCUCCUGCGCGCGGCCGCCUGCUCACCGCUGCACCGGCUCUGUUGACUGGAGGCUCCGAGUUGGUUCCUCCAACCACCACAGCGCUGAGACCAGGAUCUGUUUGGACUCACCAGCGGGUUCAACUUCUCUAUCGCCGAGGCGGAGAAACACCAAAGAGAGCGGCUUCGCCGAAGACUGAAGCGGACUUUUCUCCCUUCCUCACCAGACAGCGAACGCAUCACACUUGCCCGUUUGUUGUUGAGGAUUUUUUUAGGGGGGAGCCCAGGAUGCUGAGAGAAGUGUAGGCAGCUGAAGCGAAAUGUUAUGGAAAUGUGCGUCCGGAGAAGAGGAUUGUCGGCUCUGAGAGGGGACCCGACCGCCUGAUAGUCCCAGAGAAGGGGAGCAUGCCUCAGAGCUACGGACUCACUCUCCCCGCUCCGCUCGUCCUUCCACCGUCUGACGCUUUAUUUCGCCUUGUUGCAAACAAUUCCCAACAUUGACUUUUCAUUCAUUCUGCGUGGAGUCGUCGCGUUUCACCGAAGGUGAGAGGAAUGAUGAUGAACAGAGCUGCGAGCGUUUGGCUUGGAUUUUUUUGAUCGAUACCUCUUUGUCACGACACAACUCCCGGAGCAGACUGUCAGCACCAGGCACCAUGGCAUGCUACUUUUGGAAACUACACACCUUAUGCUGGUUUCUCAUCACACUGGCUCAAGUUCAUUCCACAGAGGGGUUCAGUCGGGCCGCCCUUCCAUUUGGUUUAGUGAGAAGAGAACUGUCCUGCGAGGGUUACCCCAUCGAUCUGCGGUGCCCAGGAAGUGAUGUCAUCAUGAUUGAAAGUGCCAACUAUGGAAGAACAGAUGACAAAAUCUGUGACGCUGAUCCGUUCCAGAUGGAGAACAUCAACUGCUAUCUUCCAGAUGCCUAUAAGAUAAUGUCACAAAGAUGCAACAAUCGGACCCAGUGUAUCGUGAUCACGGGUUCAGAUGUCUUCCCAGACCCCUGCCCUGGGACCUACAAGUAUUUGGAGGUCCAGUAUGAGUGUGUCCCCUACACCCCACCUUAUGCUUCUCAAGGUCCAUGCCCAACCAGACUAGGAGCAAGAACACAGAAUGUAUCCUAUCGCCACUGCCCUGAAGUGGAGCAAAAAGUUUUUCUUUGUCCUGGGACGUUGAAAGCAGUCGGCGAUCCCUCCUUUCUAUUUGAAGCGGAGCAGCAAGCCGGCGCCUGGUGCAAAGACCCCCUUCAGGCUGGCGACAAAAUAUACUUUAUGCCUUGGACUCCUUAUAGGACAGACACUCUUAUUGAGUACUCCUCCUUAGAUGACUUCCAAAAUGCCAGACAAACAAUCACCUACAAACUGCCCCAUCGCGUGGACGGAACCGGAUUCGUGGUCUACGACGGAGCUGUGUUUUUCAACAAAGAGCGGACCCGUAACAUUGUCAAGUUUGACCUACGAACUCGAAUCAAAAGCGGAGAGGCCAUCAUUAAUAACGCUAACUACCACGACACUUCCCCGUACAAAUGGGGCGGUAAAACGGACAUUGAUCUCGCGGUGGAUGAGAACGGCCUGUGGGUGAUUUACGCCACAGAGCAGAACAACGGCAUGAUGGUGAUCAGUCAGCUGAAUCCAUACACGCUACGCUUCGAGGCUACCUGGGAGACAGCCUAUGACAAGCGCUCGGCCUCCAAUGCCUUCAUGGUUUGUGGAGUUCUCUACGUUGUCCGUUCCACCUACGAAGACAACGAGAGUGAAGUCAGCAAGAGCAUGAUCGACUACGUCUACAACACCAAACUCAACCGUGGGGAAUAUGUUGACAUUCACUUUCCCAACCAAUACCAGUACAUAGCGGCUGUGGAUUACAACCCGCGAGACAACCAGCUCUACGUGUGGAAUAAUUUUUACAUCCUGAGAUAUAAUCUGGAGUUUGGUCCACCUGACCCAGCACAUGGUCCACAACUGUCAGAUGCUUCUGUCUCAGCUCAGCCUCAGAAAACUACAACCAGCACCACAACAACCACAGCACACUGGGGCGGAGUCAACACCACGACCACAAUAGCGCUGAAGGAGGGCAGCAAGGGCGCACCGAAGGCCCCUCCUGUGAUCCUUCAGACGACUUCGCCCCCUCCUCUGGAGUCUUUCCCAUUACCCCAGCGCUUCUGUGAGGCCACUGAGAGAAGAGACAUAACAUGGCCUCAGACCCAGAGGGGCAUGCUGGUGGAGCGACCUUGUCCCAAGGGGACGCGAGGCACGGCCUCUUAUUUAUGUGUCCUCUCCACCGGGGCCUGGCACCCGAAGGGCCCUGAUCUCAGCAACUGUACCUCCCACUGGGUCAACCAAGUCGCCCAGAAGAUUCGCAGUGGCGAAAAUGCCGCAAACUUGGCCAAUGAGUUGGCGAAACACACGAAAGGGCCGAUCUUUGCCGGCGAUGUCAGCUCCUCUGUGCGUCUAAUGGAGCAGUUGGUGGACAUUCUGGACGCUCAGCUGCAGGAACUGAGACCGAGCGAGAAGGAUUCGGCAGGACGCAGCUUCAACAAGCUCCAAAAACGAGAAAGGACAUGCAGGGCGUACAUGAAGGCCAUCGUGGACACCGUCGACAACCUGUUGCGUCCAGAGGCUUUAAAGUCCUGGCGCGACAUGAACAGCACGGAGCAAACACACGCGGCCACCAUGCUGCUGGACACUUUGGAAGAAGGCGCCUUCGUCCUCGCCGACAACCUGAUAGAACCGGCCAUCGUCAAAGUUCCCGCCGACAACAUAAUCCUGGACGUAUACGUCCUCAGCACCGAUGGCCAAGUUCAGGAUUUCAAAUUCCCUCAAGCCAGCAAGGGUGGAAUCUCAAUCCAGCUAUCUGCCAACACCGUUAAGCUCAACAGCCGCAAUGGAGUGGCCAAGCUCGUGUUCGUACUCUACAAAAAUCUAGGCCAGUUCCUCAGCACGGAAAAUGCCACCAUCAAGAUGGCCGACGACGGUUAUAGCCACAACAUAACGGUCAAUUCCGACAUCAUCGCCGCCUCGAUGAACAAGGAGUCCAGCCGCGUCUUCCUUAAUGAGCCGGUGGUUUUCACCCUGGAGCACAUCGACAUGGAGCACUACUUCAAUUCCAAUUGCUCCUUCUGGAAUUACUCAGAGAGGAGUAUGAUGGGGUACUGGUCCACCGGAGGCUGCAAACUCCUGGACACCAAUAAAACCCACACCACCUGCUCCUGCAGCCACCUGACCAACUUCGCAGUGCUCAUGGCGCAUCGUGAAAUCUCGGCGAACAACAGAGUCCACGAGCUGCUGCUGACUGUCAUCACUCGCGUGGGCAUCGUGGUGUCCCUCGUCUGCCUGACCAUCAGCAUUUUCACCUUCUGCUUCUUCCGAGGCCUGCAGAGCGACCGCAACACCAUCCACAAGAACUUGUGCAUCAAUCUCUUCAUCGCGGAGCUGAUAUUCCUAAUUGGUAUCGAUAUGACGGAACCCAGGAUCGGAUGUGCGAUCAUUGCGGGGAUCCUGCAUUUCUUCUUCCUGGCGUCCUUCUCCUGGAUGUGUCUGGAGGGCAUUCAGCUGUACCUCAUGCUGGUGGAGGUCUUUGAAAGCGAAUACUCACGGAAAAAGUACUACUACGUCUCUGGCUACUUGUUUCCUGCCAUUGUCGUGGGCGUGUCUGCGGCUAUCGACUACGGAAGCUACGGCACUGAUCGGGCGUGCUGGCUAAGUGUGGAUAAUCACUUCAUAUGGAGCUUCAUCGGACCCGUCACCUUUAUCAUCUUGCUCAAUCUCAUCUUCCUGGUCAUCACGAUGUACAAGAUGGUGAAGCACUCGACCACUCUGAAACCAGACUCGAGCCGACUGGAGAAUAUUAAUAAUUAUCGCGUAUGUGAUGGCUACUAUAAUACCGAUUUGCCCGGCUAUGAAGAUAAUAAACGCUUUAUCAAGUCUUGGGUCAUGGGCGCCUUCGCCCUGCUCUUCCUUCUGGGGCUGACGUGGUCCUUUGGUCUCUUUUUCAUCAACGAGGCCUCCAUAGUCAUGGCAUACCUCUUCACCAUCUUCAACACCUUCCAAGGAAUGUUCAUCUUCAUUUUCCAUUGUCUUCUCCAGAAAAAGGUUCGCAAAGAGUACAGCAAGUGCUUCCGCCACACGUACUGCUGCGGCGGGCUUCCCACCGAGAGCUCGCACGGCUCAGCAAAGACUUCCACCACACGGACAAGCGCACGCUACUCCUCCGGUACACAGAGUCGUAUCAGGAGAAUGUGGAAUGACACCGUAAGAAAGCAAUCUGAGUCCUCCUUUAUCUCAGGUGACAUCAACAGCACCUCCACCCUUAACCAAGGAAUGACUGGGAAUUAUCUACUAACAAACCCUCUUCUUCGACCACAAGGCACUAACAACCCUUAUAACACCUUAUUGGCUGAGACGGUCGUUUGUAACACCCCCACGGCUCCAGUGUUUAACUCUCCAGUGACCUACAGAGAGACAAGGCACUCACUGAACAGUGCGGUGAGGGAUACAAGUGCAAUGGAUACACUACCGCUAAAUGGUAACUUUAACAAUAGCUACUCGCUCCGCAACGGGGACUUUGGCGACAGUGUGCAAGUCGUGGACUGCGGCCUGAGUCUGGACGAUGCUGCCUUUGAGAAAAUGAUCAUCUCCGAGCUCGUACACAACAACCUGCGUGCCUGUAACAAAAGCCACCACCAACAGCAGCAGCAGCAGCCGCCCGGUUUGCAUCAUCAGCCCCAGCACCACCACCACCACCACCACCAGCAGCAGCAGCCGCCUCCUCAGUACCAUCACCACCACCGACACGCGGAGCGGGCUCCGCCGAAGGUGACGGUAUUGGGCGGGAGCAGCAGCGAAGACGACGCCAUCGUGGCCGACGCUGCGUCUCUGGUGAACAUGGGCGACUCGGUGGGCCUGGAGCUGCAUCAUCAGCAGGAGCUGGAGGCGCCGCUCAUCCCUCAGCGGACUCACUCGCUUCUGUACGCCCCCCAGAAGAAAGUGAGGACAGACGGAGGAGGAGGAGGAGGAGGAGAUACCUACGACAGUCAGCUAGCUUCCAAACCUGAUGAUGGCCUGCAGUCCCCGAACAGAGACUCCUUAUACACUAGUAUGCCUAACCUGAGGGACUCUCCGUUUCCAGAGAGCAGCCCCGAUGUGGUGGAGGACUUGUCCCCCUCCAGGAGGAGCGAGAGUGAGGACGUUUACUACAAGAGCAUGCCGAAUUUAGGGGCCGGCCACCAGCUGCAAGCCUAUUACCAGAUAGGCAAAGGGAGCAGUGAUGGAUACAUUAUCCCAAUUACAAAAGAAGACUGCAUCCCUGACGGCGACGAACGGGAAGGACAGAUGCAGUUAGUGACAAGCCUUUAAAUGUAUUUAAGUAACCCCUCAAACUUGGACUAUUGCGGCUCUGACCUCCUGGAGGACACACCUGAGAAGGAAAGGGCUUUUAUGUUUUCUUUUGUUUGCUUUUUUUAGGAGAGCCUCGAAGCCCCAUCGCACACAACUCUACCCAUUUGCAAACCUCCCCAUCCCCCAUUGACUUUCAAUUUCCUCUCUCCCCAUAUAUGCCACUAUUUUCCUUUCUCCUCCUCCCGGCCGAGACCUUCGGUGCACAGCAACGGCAGUGCAAUGUUUUGAUGAGACUGUACAUAAAAACGCAGAAUAGUCUGAUCUCAAUUUUAAGAGACAAGCCAACAAUGUAUUUAAAUGUGCUGCUGCUGUUGAAUCCUCGAGGAGAAUGAAGGUAACAAUAAUAUAAAAACCACAAAAAAAGAAGAAAAAAAAAAACAUUACUGGCUACAUCUGAUCAGCUAUCUCCCGGUCAAAAUGUUGUACAUACACUUACCAUGGUCUUUGUGAACGCCUGUGUUUUUUUUAAUUAUUUUCUUUGAUUUUGUUUUUUUUUGUUUGUUUUCUAUUGUGAACCAAAUGGCUCCCCUGGACCAGGACGUGGACUCUGUUUGUAAAAAAAAAAUGUUUGUGUGCAGACUGUUUGAAAAGAAAUAAAAACAAGUCCUGGUCACUGUCCAUCAUAACAAAGUUUGGAUUGUAUAACCACUAGCAAUCAAGCCCCUGGCCUUAUAUUUUCUCAAGUGUACGUUGAGCUGUUGUCGAGGAGAAUGGCAGAAAAAAUAUAUUUUGUGGUAUCGCUGGUGAAAAAAAAAAAAAUAACCUGGGAAAAUUGGUGGUAUGAAGGAACAUUUUCAUGAGGAAAUCUGUGAGAGGACGGCGUGUCGGUGGUUCCAACACUUCAUGUUUAAACUAUAGGAGGAUUUAACGAAAAUACAAAGACACAUUAUCACUUUUUCCACGCGUGAACAGUGUUUUUUCGCUUCAAGAAUUUAUAUCAGCCAUGGAAAUAUUUCAUUUAAGCAGAGUGGCAUUAUUUUAAUUAGAGCGGUGAUAUUUAAACAAUAUUGUUUAAUAAAAUGUAGUUCUUCUGCCUGAGUUUGAACAUUUUAUUUAUUAAAAAAAAAUACUUUCCAAAAAUGAAUGGGGAGGAAAUAUAUGUCAAUAUUUCCAGCACUGGUAUACAUGCUGUACUGUAGCUGUUUUAUUAAUGUAAGCAUUUUACAGGGGACUCAUCACUUAAGACUGAUGUAAAGUUCAACACUUGUUUAAACAACUGAAAUAAAUGUGAGAUUAUUUGUCAAAUGCAAUUUGUUUAUUUUUUUUUAUGUUUUCGGCAUUACUUUUAGACCUCAGUUUGAAUUCUCGUACACUUUUGACUCAGGUUAUAAGUCGCAAGCACCUUGAAAGAUAGAGUGGUGAAUCUGUUCUUAGGGGAUUUUGUUUUUUUAUUUUUAUUUUUUUUUUCUAUACUUUGCUCUGCUUUUUCUUCAGUCACUGCAAUAGAGAGUAGAGAGAGCUCAUUUCACCGUAUGUGUUAGAGAAGCCAAAAUUUUACAUGUGAUUCAAAGAUGAGAAACUCAGGUAGGAAAAAUUGCAUUGUAAAUGUUCCUCUGUGUGGUUGUAACACUAAUAAAGGUUCUAAAAAUGACACUGGUUCACAGUAUUGUCCGCUAAGUAUAUGAUUCCGACGACGACGACGACGACUUUGGCGCCAUUAAAGAGCCCCAUGCUGUCC